AUGACACUUAGAACGAUUGCUGCUAGUGAAGAUUACGAAUCGGCCUAUCUUUACGAAAUUGUUUUAUCGAAAGUUGGUGGAGAAGGAAAUAUAAGGAAUGAAAAAGAGUUUUUUAUCGAUGUGGAAGAGAAAGGAUUUUUCAGUUUAUCAUGGACACUUGUAAAAACUGUCUUUUUUUAUUUAUUGAAAAAACAAUUUGAUUAUGAAACAGCCAAGUCACUUUAUGAUAAAAUAAUUUGUGAACUUGAAUUUAAUUUGCUAAUAAGUAGUUUCGACAAAUAUAAACAAUUAGAACCUAAUCAUAUAAAAAAUCGCCUACAAUAUCAAUUUUUAUUGCAUGAAAUGUGUAAUAAAGUAGCAUAUGAUACUGUAAAUUGUCUAGAAAAGAAAAAGAAAAUAAUUGUUAAUUCUAUAGUAGAAAUUCAAGAAACUAUUAAUGAUAGUAAUCAAAAUUUACAUAAACAAGAACGAAGCAAGAAAUCUGUGAAAGCAUUGACAUUUCAGCAUAAAAAUUUCGGAAAUGCGUUGCCAGAAAAAUUAAAAGAUUUAAAAUUUAUCAAAGAAAAUAUUACUGACAAUACUAAUUCUUUGACUAGUAAAGCGCUACGAAAACAAUUUUUAUUUGAUGCAUAUAAUAUACAGAACGGUUCAAAGAAUAUAUGCAUUGUUGAAUUUAAUCAAAUUCUAGAUGAAAUAAGUCAGUUCUACGGAUUUAAUCGAGUAAUUCAAAUUUUCUAUUUAAUAGAAAAUUUUGUGCUUUUAUCUGUUCAACAUAAUGGAUUUCAAAUUUCAUGUAAACAAAAAAUAACCAAUGUUGAAACAGCUCAAAUAUUAAUGCGUAUUGCAAAUGUUUACUAUAAUUGUUGUGCUAUACUUAUUUCAGAAUUAUAUCCUGAUGAAAAUUGUACAUAUGAACCAAUUUACUAUACAAAAUUAGUUCUCAUUCUAUUUAGUCUAUUUGCAAUGAUGGACGAUUUAGCUAGAAGUGAUGAAAAAAUUGGUUCUAGUCUUAAGGAGUACACUUUAAGUAUUGACUCAGCGAAUAUAUCUUUAAAAUCCAUCAUGCCGCAGUUAACUUUGCCGGAAAGAAAAUGGCUUGACUUAUUAAAGAAAAUUGACGAAAAAUUUGAAUUAUCUACAACAGAUGUUGUAGAAAGUCCAUAUAAAAGACAUUGCCUUUUUCAUCACUCUUCACUUUCAAUAGAUAAUAAAUCAGAUGAAACUAAUACUGAUGUGAUGUAUAUGUUAAGUCUAUUGAAAAAUGAUUUUCCAGAUAACUAUACGAAAUUUCAAGAAACUCUCAAAGGAGUUAAAUCAGAUCAAUUGAAAGCUAGAUGGGAAGAACUUUUAUUUACUGAUAAGUAUCUACCAGAGUUAAUUAUAUACUUAAGAGAUAUUUCAUAUUUAGCUCAGUUAUCAUUAUGUGGUUUUUCUCAACAAGCCAUACGGCAAAUAAGACGUCUACCGUCUAGUGAUACAAAAAUGUAUAAUCGUUUAAAACAUAAUUUCGACAACCAUCUUUCAAUAUCUCAUUUAGAUAUUCAAAUAAAUUCUUCAGUUGAUAAAAUGAGAUUUGUUGAUUUUAUAUUACCGAGAAAUCAAAGCAAGUAUCAAACAGUAAUUACAUUUAAUUAUGACCAGCAAAAUAUAACCGAUAUGACUGAAAAUACAAUUAUUGGAUUACAAAAUAAAAAACCAGAUAACUUAACAAAACCACAAUAUUAUCGUUUAUGUUCUAUUCAAUUACAUGAUGAGUUAAAAUUUACAUUCUUGUACAUUGCAUUAAAAUAUGGUGAGAUCAAUUUUGAGUUAGAAGAACAUUGUUAUUUAGUUAAGCAAGCAUUAUAUAAAAUAGGAAUACACGAAAAUAUCUGUCUAAUUGAAAAACAACUUCAGAAUGAAGAAUUUAUUUUUGCAUUUGUUAAAAAAAUUGUUGAUAUAGUGUUAGAUUUAAAAGAAAGAAUGACACAAUAUAAAUCUAUGGGUCAUGGAUUAGAUAUAUUGUUGUUUUUAUACGAUUUUUGUUCGAAAAAACCUAAAAUAUUAAUUGACAAAUGUUUAGAAGAAGUUCGUGUCUCGUUCUUAAAUUAUAUAGAUCAAAACAAAAAUAAUUCAAAAUUUAGUAAUGACAAAACUUUAGAAUCUUUAUUAAGUUGUUAUUAUAUUUUAACGUACAAAAUUUCGAACAAUAUUGAUCAUAAAAUAGUUUUACAACUUCUCAAAUUAAGAGAAUUAAUAGAUAGUAACUCCAAGUUGUAUGGUAUUUUACCACCUAAUCUUUAUGUAAAAACAAUGGAAACUCUUUUUAAGCUGAGUUCACAUAUUGAAAGUAAUAUCAAUAAAAAUUUAAGUAUGUUAGAUAAUUUCAUAGAAAAGUCAAAUGGAUCAUGGAAAAAAGAUAUAGAUAUGAAUGUUUACGUAAAAGAUUGUUAUUCUUUUAUACCAUUAAAAGGUCGUCUAUUUAAAAAUGGUCAUCCUUUAUCAUGCUUGCCUAGUCAAAUUCUUAAUAAUUCCCAUUUUAAAGAAUGCUAUGGAACAAAAAAUUUUUCUGCACAAGUUACCGAUCAGAAAAUUUUUGAAAAGAUACUGCGUUGUUAUGAAAUAAAAUGUGAAAAAUCAAGAAAAAUUCGAAUUGUUUCCUUGCAAAACAAUAGCAUUUGGAUUGAAGAUAAUGGUGAGACAUUUAUUUCGAGAGAUUAUUUAAGUAAAUUACCAAAAUUUUUAUUAGAAGAUUGUACACAUAUUGACAAUGAAAAAAAAGUUUUUUACAGUCAUUGGUAUAAAGACAAUAAAAUAUUUAUAAAAAAUGAUAAGGAAAAGAAAUUUACUAUAGAUUUUAAUACUAAUGAAAUUUAUGCUCAUGAAUAUGAAAAAUAUCUUGUCCCAUUCAGUAAAGAUGGAUUUGAUCAAUCAAAUAUAUUCUAUACGAUAUUUUCUCAAUUUGAAGAUGAAAAUUAUAUAAUAGCAUUAAAAGAUCGUGAUCAAGAUAGUGAACCAAUCAUGCUUGACCUACCUAGACUUAAUUUGAAAUUCAAAAUUGAAAAUAAAAAAAUUAUAUCUGAAAACUUUAAAGAUUAUCGUUUAAGUCUAAAUCAACAUGUGAAAACGUUACUUGGAUUACCACAAUAUUUAUUAAUAGAACCAGAUAUUUCAUGUGAUCAACCCAUUAAAUUCAAUCAGAAGAUAAUUAUUCCUUAUCAUCCAAUCAAACAGGAAAAAGAAUUUUACACUAAUGUAAUUCAAUUUGACUCUGAUAAAGUAGGAAAACCGGGAUAUUUUUCAUACGAAAUUGAUGAACAUUUAAAAUGGCUCAAUUCCGAAACGAUAGCUGGUAGUCUCUAUCUUGCUCUUCUCUAUUUUAAAACAGCAACUUUAGACAAAGAUGUAUUUCUUGAAAUGAACGGUUUUGAAACUUGUUCUAUAAUUUUAAAAACUUGCUGGCAAAACUGUCAAUAUUCUGACACAGAAUUUAAUAUUAUUUUAAAAUUUUUUGAACAUAAUUGUUCAGAUUUAGAAAAACCUUGGUCGCAUUAUGCUGAUAAAGGAGAAGAAAUAUUUAAAAAUGCUACGUAUGGAUCGAUUCCUCAUCAUCGUAAUGCACACGCUAUUUUUCUUCGAUUAGUAUAUCUUUUACUCAGUAGUUAUCAAGCAGAUUUUUUAAUUAAAGUUGAUAAUAAGAAGAAGGAGCUUUGUCACUAUUUUUUAAGCCAAAAUUUUGUAAAAUAUCAUUUUAAUUUUUAUUUAAUUUUCAAGGAUCGUAUUGAUAGACGAUGUCGAUUAUCUGAUGAAGAAGAAAAGAAAUUAUUAUUAUCUUGUGUAGGAAAUUGUUCAGAUUCUAGAGUGUCAGAUUAUUAUAAAGUUAUGUGUGAGAAAAAAGACCUUGAAUUGGUGAUGAAUGCACCAAAAGAUUAUAAGUCUUUAGAGGAUUCAUUUUUCUCUCGAACCUCAAUUAAAGAAUGUCAAUAUGAAAAACAAGUCGCAGAUGCUUUCAAAAAACAUUUUCCACAAUCCUAUCGAGUGCACUGUAAUAAAAUGUGUUCAGUUCAAAAUCUAUUCAGUGAUUGGGUUAAGAUCCGAUUCGAACUUUCUUAUUUUGUUUCGCUUUAUCGAAUGGCAUUAAGUAUACAAAGUACUGAUGAUUUUAAUACAGAAAGUUUCGCACAAUUUCUGGCAUAUUUAUUUUUGACGACAGAUGACACUGAUCAAGUUUUUAUAAGAAUGCUUUACAUAGUUUGCCUUGUUCCUAAAUCAUUUAGACCCGUACCAAAUUUUCUAUCGCUAGAAACAGGUGAAAUCAAUUGUGAUCGAAAAUACCAUUUAGAUAGUAAUUCAAUGAAACUUUGUAAAAAUGAUAUUCCACAUAUUUUUGAUCUUGAUGGUAAUAUCAAUGAGAAAGUCAAAAUAUGUAUUUGGACAAUCUUGAAAAAUGAGUAUCUUAAUGAAGACGAACAAUCAAAGUUUAAUGUAAACGAGUUGAUCAAUCAUGAAUUCAAAGUAAAAUUCCAAACUAAUGUUAAAACAAUCUUUAAGAAACAGAACAUCUCUAGUAUUUCUAAUAAUUUUUACGAUACUUUAUACGACAUGUUAAUUACCAAGAGUAGAAAUAAAGAACUUUAUGAAUUUUUUAUAAAUACUGCCAAACAGUGUCAGACGAUUGUUGCUUCAUACAAAAUAGGCUACACUGUUAGAAAGACAACAGGUUUAUCUGAAGUUAGAAUGAAGUUAUCUAUUAAGGAUAUUGAAAAUCAAAUUAGAAAAGUUUAUCCAUAUUCAGAAUCUAAUGAAGAUUAUAUAAGAUAUUUAGAAUGGACUGCAGAAAGUAUCGACAUAAAAGAACAUUAUGAAAGUCUACGAAAACUUUUUGAUUUUGAAUAUGAUUAUCCUACACAAAUAGAUUUUCCUCUCAAUCCUAAAACGCUUCCCGAGAAUUCUUUAGUGAGAAAAGUAUUUUCAGAAAGAUAUGGUAAAGAAUUUAUUGCUGAUUUGGAAGAAAGUUAUGGACGACAGGAAUCUAUUGUCAAAAUUGAUGAAAAUUACUUUAAAUUCUCUAUGAAAGAAUCAAAAACAGGCUUUUGCAUAUUAGAAGAAUCGAACGUCAAUUUGGAAGAAGAAUUUAAUUAUCUAGAAUAUAAUUUAGAUGAAAUUAAAAAUGAUUUGUUCAUUGAUGUAGAACAAUGGAUUGAGAAUGAAAGUUCAAAAACUUAUGUUCCUCAACAUCAUCUAGAAAAAAUAAUAGAUUUGAAGACUGAAUUAAACGAUAAACUGAAGAAAAUCAACAAAGCAUUAAUCGAUAGAAAUAUACUGUCACAAAGACUUACACUAGAACCACUUAAACAAAAAUUAGAAAAACUAAAAAGUGAUAUAAAUUUUAAAAGAGAAGCUAACAGAUGUCUAGUGAAUUUGAAUAAUGUUGAAGCAGAAAUAGAAGAUUUUAUUAUAGAAAAUGAUAAUCUGUUUAAAGGAUAUUUAACUUAUCAUCGUGAAAAACGUAUUAUAAGUCCAUCUAUCUUAAAAUUAAUAUGUAAAAGAAGAUAUAUCGGUAUUUCAGUUUAUGAAAAAUUAGAUACAUCCUCAUUUGAAUUAAAAACAAUAGACAACUAUAGUUAUAUUACUAGUAAAUGUAAGAAACAGCUUCAAUAUUGGCUAAAUCAAGGAAAAUUUUGUCAAAUAGAAACUGAAGAAAUCAAAGAUCAUAAGAUACUAAAGAGUCUCAAUAGUAAAUCAACAGUCGAAGGAUAUUUGCAAACGCGAAAAAUUAAAAUCGAUUUAAAAUCCAAAGACAUAAAUAAUUUCACUAAUAUUUUGUAUAAAUAUUAUAUUAAAUACAAAAAAAUUAAUGAAGAUCUAUUAAAAGAAAUACGUAAAAAUCUUAGUUCAAUUGCAAAUGAAUUUGAUGAGACGAAUAUGUUUGUUUUACAUCGAAUCGUAGGAGAUAAACCUGUUCCAACCCGAAAGGAAACUUUAGCCCUACUAAAAAAUAUUAACAAAAUAAAAGAAUUUAAUCCAUUUGUCAUUGAUCAAAAAGAUACAUUUAAUAAAAAAAUCGAAUGUUAUGCAAUACAAAAAACUUUAAUUCAACAAAUCGAACGAACUCUUGUAUUAAUUUCAAAAUAUAAUUCAUUACAUCCAGACAAUGAUAUAGAUGAAAGAGAAAGAAUUUUGGAAACUAUUUACAUGAAUAUCCUAAUGGAAAGAAGUUAUGAUCCGAAACAUUAUCCAUCUUGCUUAUUAUUUGAAAUAGAAAAUAAUCUUUUAAUACGUGAGGAUCAAUAUUCUCUAGUAGAAAAAAUGAUAAAAAAAGAAAAAAAUAGUAUUUAUCAGUUAAAUAUGGGAGAAGGUAAAACAUCUGUAAUUUUACCUAUAUUAAGUGCAAUUUUAGCUGAUGGUAAGCAAAUUGUCAGAAUUAAUUGUUUAGAGUCAUUAAUGGGUAUUACACAAGAAUUGUUAAGAAAUAAAUUUAGUGGAUUAUUUAAAAAGAAAAUUUAUAUUAUGCCUUUUUCGCGAAGUAUUGUAUUUUCAAAAGAAAAUGUUGAACGUAUAAAAGAAAUGCUUUAUGAUUGUCAGCAGGGAAAACAUAUUCUAUUAGUAACACCCGAACAACGUUUAUGUUUUCAAUUGAAAAAACAAGAAAUAUUUUUGGAAUAUCUACAAUCAAAGGAUGCAGAUGAUCAUUUUGAUUCAGAUGAACAUCGUCAUCGAUUGUAUACUUCGACUAUUAAAUCUAGAACACCCUAUAGUUUAACAGACUCACAGAAAAACUUAAAAGAGGUUUUACGAUCAUUGGGAUAUAUCGACAGUAAUGAUAAAAUACUGAAAUAUCCUCCUGAUGAUUUGGAAGGAUUGCCGAAAUUUUCUCAAGAAGUAAUUAAAGAAGUCAAUCAUUUGAGAUGUGAAGAUAUAAAGAACGCAUGGAAUACCUUGAGAGCUCAGUCUACUAAACUCAAAGCUCAACGUAAGCAAAAGUUAGAGUUACUUCAUUCAAUUGAUGAUUUUCAAUUCUUUGAUAUACUUGAUGAAUCUGAUGAGAUUUUAUGCCAUGGUAAAGAAUUAAAUUAUACGUUAGGAUCAGCUAAACCUUUAGACGGCGAUCAAAUUCGGUGGGAAAUUCCAUUAUUAAUAUUUAGGAUGAUUUUUGCUGAGCAUAAAUUUGGUGAGAGACUGAAAGCUGCCUCAGAAAGAGACGAUUGUCCCGUUAUUUUUCAAGAAAACUUCAGACCCGUAAAUGGAAUUGGAGGAGGAAGUCCACUUGUACGCUUUGUCAAACCCGAAUAUUUUGUAGAAAAUAUUGGAUUGUAUCUUAGUCAAAAGCUUUGCGAAAGAUUACGUUUAAGAUUUCGUCUAAAAAAUAUUUACAUAACGAAUGAUGAUAGUGAAAAUUAUGGAACGUAUGAGAAUUUUGUUCAAGGAGAAUCGACAUCAAAAGAAGACAAAAUAGUUAAAUUACUGGGACAAAAAAGUCGAGAUAUGUUAAAUAGUUUUUUACUAGUAAAGGCUUGGUUACAUCAUGAUAUACUUUAUCAUGUCAUGAAUUAUCGUUAUAGAGUUGAAUAUGGAUUAUCUGAAAAUGGAACAAAACAAAUCGCGAUUCCAUUUCGAAGUAAAGAUUUACCAUCUGAAAAUUCAGAAUUUAGUCAUCCUGAUAUUAUGAUUGGUUUUACAAUUCUUAGCUAUUUAUAUCGAGGACUAGAUGUAAAACAAGUAAAACAAGGACUAAUAAACUUAAAAAAUGAUCCAAAUCACAAUGGAGACAGUUUAUUACAAAAAUGGGUUAAAGAAAAUAAAAAAUGGAUUGAUGAACAAAUAGUUAAAGAUAACGAUCAAUUUCCCGAAUGGUUGAAAUCUUUUAAAACUCUUGAUCUUGAAGAUGAAAACAAAAUUAAUAAGGUUCAUCUUUAUCUUUCACGAAACUUUGACUUUAUUGAAUAUUAUUUAAGUAACUUUAUUUUUCCAAAGGAUGCUAAACAUUAUGUAAAAAAACUCACAGGAAAUGCUCAUACAUUAGCUGGUGAAGGAAAAACUAGGGGAUUUUCUGGUACUGAUGAUCGUAAUGAUACCAUGCCAGAAUCGGUCAUACCAGAACGAUUACUGUCUCAAAAAGGGACCAAUGGUAAAAUGUUGCAUAUUUUAUCACGAAAAUUAAAUAGUGAAUAUAUACCAAAUACGGAAAUAACAGGUACUAAGGAAUUCUUACAUGAGAUUUGUAAAUAUGUAGAGAAAAAGAAGGAUUGUUAUGUGUUUAUUGAUGCAGGUGCUAUCAUUAUAGAAAUGAGUAACUUUGAUGUAUCGAAAUAUCUAAUUAAAAAAAUUGAUAAACGAUUUGAUGGUAUUGUCUAUUUUUCUGAUAAAAACAAUAAAAUAAUGGUUAUUUUAAGAAAUGAAGAAUCUUUUCCAUUAUCCACGUGCCAUAUUGAUAGUAAGAAAUUAUUUGUCUAUUUGGAUGAAGCUCAUACCCGUGGAACUGAUUUAAAAUUACCAUUAACUGCACGUGGAAUUGUAACACUUAGUAAGAAUAUGAAUAAAGAUAAACUUAUGCAAGGAGUUAUGCGUCUUCGUGAUCUUGAUUUUAAACAAUCGAUUGUAUUGUGGGGUUCAAAAGAAACUACAGCAGAUAUUGCCACGAUAAAUGAUAUUAAAGCAGAUUCUAUAACGAGUAAACAUGUUUUAAUAUGGGUUACUUAUAAUACGAUUCAAAAGAAUGAAAAUGAUUUAUAUCCAGUUACAAAAGAAAAAUUGAAAUAUGUAAUAAAAAGUAGAGCACUUAAAUAUCAGAAAAAAAUAGAAAUUCCCAUAGAUUCUCUUAUCAUAGCAUAUGAAAGUGAAAGUUUGGACAAUAUAGAAAAAUUAUAUGGUAUUACUCCUUAUCCACGUGAUCCACGUGAUCUUUUAAAUCUUCAUAUGAGUACAUAUUUAAAUAAAUUUUAUCCAUCUGUACAACGUGACCUAGAAAGAAAAAGGCAACUUAAAGAAUUGAUUAAUGAAAUUAAUGAAAAUAGAAAUAAAGAAGAUAGGCCAACAAUGCAAAAUAUUCUCAAGAGAAUAGAUGAUAAACUUCCAGAACGAAUAUUAACUGCUGAUAAUGAUUAUGAUGGAAAUCAAGAAAAUGAAAAAGAGAUUGAAGAAAUGCAAAUUGUACAAAGUAUUCUUGUAACGGAGAGAAGACCGGAGAAAGAAAACGAUUGGUAUUUUGAUAGAGUAUUUGAAAGAAAUUUUAAAGAGAACUGUUUACGAGGAGAAGAUGGUUAUCCGAAACUAAAAGAAUUAGGAAAAUGUUUUGAAUUUACUAAUAUUAAUCAUCUUAAAGAUUUUAAAUGGCAUCACAGAGUUUUUGUAACGGAAAAUUUUAUCAGAACAGUUUCAAACAAUGAUAAAUUGAAUAAGCGAUAUCAAACUGAUUAUUUGAAACCAGUUAAUAUGAUAUUAAUUCAUAGAACAGGUAUCGAUGUGUGUUUUAUUGUAAUUUCAGCUUUUGAAGCUAAAAGUCUUAUUCCAUUAUGCUACGAAAGAAACGAUCCUAAUGUGUGUCUAAUGCAUAUCGAUGAUGUCAAUGGUCCUACGAUGGUUCCGAAAACUACUAUCAUAUUAAAAGAAAAAGAAAUUCAUAGUGUUAUAACUAUUCGAUUAUUUAACGGACAGUGUCGUUACAAAGAAGAAGAAAUACCAAUGUUAAAGAAAUGUGUUGCUUUUGUUGAUAAGCACUGUCUUCAUGAAGACAAAAAAAUAUCCGAACAAGUUUAUAAUGAGCUUGAAGACAGAGACUACAUUGUACAUGGUUUUAUGACUUAUAAAUUAGCAUCAAAAUUAACGAAUCAAAACGAAAGAAUCUUAGUAGAAACAGAAACUCAUUAUGAAAUCGAUCUUCAAAAUCGAUUUCAUUCAAUUAUUCAUGAGAGUAUUGCAGAAGAUGUUAAGAGUAUUUGGAGAUUAUCCAGUUUAAUUAGGAAAUUAGUUCAAAUAAGAGGAAAAAGUGAACAAUAUCAGACUAGUGAACUAAGAAACAUACUCGAAAUGAACCCAGAAAAAACUAAUGAUGAUAUUAAUACAGAAGACUUUUAA